AUGUCCGCCCCUUCCAUACCAAACCUCAACAGCCUCCGCCGGGGCGGGCCACGCCUCCGCGGCAGCCGUGGGCGAGGCACACCUGGCGGCCCCACCACAGACACACCCUCCUCCCACAACACCGGCACCCGAAUCGCCAACCCGCCCGCCCACGCCGCAAUCCAGGACCGCAUCAUCCUCUCUACUGACAACGAUGCAGCGACAUCACGCCUCUCCGCCGUUGCCACCGGCUACCUGGACGACCCAUUUGCUGCCCUGCUACACGCCGACUUACGUUCCGGCACCGCCUCAUCUACGAAUGCCAAUACGGCGGCGAAUCCACCGCGUCGCCUCCCGCUGAUGAAUCGCGGCACGUACGCCCGGACUGUGGGAGUGGAUCGAGUGGUAGACACGUUCCUGGCGCAGCAUAAGGGUGGGCGGUGCCAAAUUGUGAGCCUGGGCGCGGGGAGCGAUACGCGCUUCUUUCGGCUGAGGCGGCGGCUGCAUCAACAGCAACGGCAGCGGGAGAGAAUGCUCUACCACGAAUUCGACCUGGCGCAAAACACCAAAUCCAAAGUCGCGCGACUACGGCGGAAAGAGUUCCAGGAAGCGGCGCGCCAGGAGUGCGGCAUGGAUUGGAACCCCGCCGUAUCCACGCGCAACAGCGACAACGACACCGCCGAUACGGACGAUGCUACAUCCCUGAACGCAGACGAACACGGCUACACGCUCUCCCCCCUCGACCUACGCUCACUUCCCCCACCCCCUCCACCACCAUCCACCACACACUCCAACACCACUACCACGACACCACCCCUCCCCAUCACUCUAGCCCAAAUCAAUCGCACGCUCCCCACCCUCCUCAUCUCCGAAUGCUGCCUCUGCUACCUCCCCCCUUCGGCCGCGGACGUUGUCCUCUCCUUCUUCAGCGCCCUCUUUGUUCCCGAUGUCCCACUCGCGAUCGUCAUCUACGAGCCUAUUCGACCCCACGACGCGUUCGGGCGCACCAUGGUCGCCAACCUCGCGGGCCGGGGCAUCUCGCUGCCGACGCUGGAACGGUAUGGUGAGUUGGAGGCGCAGAGGGAGCGGUUGGCGAGGUUUGGGUUUGGCGGAGGCGAAGGGAAAGGGGCGGGUGCGAGGGCGGUGGAUCUCGAGUAUGUGUGGCGGGCGUGGGUGGCGGCGGAGGAGAAGGAGCGCGUGGAGGCAUUGGAGUGGAUGGAUGAGGUGGAGGAGUUUGUGCUGCUGGGCAGGCAUUAUGCUGUGGCGUUUGGGUGGAGAGCUUAUGCGAAUGACGGAGAGCAUGGGAAGGCGGAAGGGGAGGGUGAGGGAGACGCGGCGUGGAGGAACUUGCCUGUGCCGCCCACGAAGCAUUAG